GCGGCGGUAGCGGCUGCGGGGCGGGUGCCGGGCAGCGGGGCUGUUGGAGGUGCGGCCGUGGCGAUGGCGCUGUCGCUGGGCGAGGGUGGCGGGAGCCGGUUGCGGCGGCAGCUGGAGUCCGGGGGCUUCGUGGCGGCGGAGUACGUGAAGCAGCUGUCGCAGCAGUCGGACGGGGACAGGGACCUGCAGGAGCACCGGCAGCGCAUUCAGGCGCUGAGCGAGGAGACGGCCCAGAGCCUGAAACGCAACGUGUACCAAAACUACCGGCAGUUCAUCGAAACGGCGCGGGAGAUCAGCUACCUGGAGAGCGAGAUGUACCAGCUCAGCCACAUCCUCACCGAGCAGAAGGGCAUCAUGGAGGCCGUCACCCAGGCCCUGCUCCUCCAGGCUGAUCGCGACGACCCCGAGCUGGGCUCCCGCCGCGCCGCUACCACCGAUCCCUUCCUGCCCCUGUCGGCCAAGGAGGCAGCGGCCAACGAGGAGGGGCGGCAGCGGACGCUCACCACCCUUCUGGAGAAGGUGGAGGGCUACCGCGACCUCCUGCCGGAGAGCCCCAGCAAGUACCUGGUCUACAACGGCGACCUGGUGGAGUACGAUGCUGACCACAUGGCGCAGAUCCAGCGGGUGCACGCCUUCCUCAUGAAUGACUGCCUGCUCGUGGCCACCGCGCUGCCCAACCGCCGCGGUGCCUACCGCUACGUUGCCCUCUACUCCCUCGAUGGGCUGGCUGUGGUCAACGUCAAGGACAACCCUCCUAUGAAGGAUAUGUUCAAGCUGCUCAUGUUCCCCGAGAGCCGCAUCUUCCAGGCUGAGAAUGCCAAGAUCAAGAAGGAGUGGCUGGAGGUGCUAGAGGAGACUAAACGCAACCGGGCCCUCAGUGAGAAGCAACGCCUGGAGCAGGAGGCCCUGCCCCGGCCUGCCCCAGCACCUCCUGAAUCCACCAACCCCUUCGAGGAGGAAGAAGAGGAGGAAGAGCCCUCUGCUGAGGAGGAGGUGGUUGAUCUCUCGCUUGAGUGGAUCCAGGAGCUGCCUGAGGACCUGGACGUCUGCAUUGCUCAGAGGGACUUCGAGGGGGCAGUGGACCUCUUGGAUAAACUCAACGAGUACCUGAGGGACAAGCCUGUGAGCCAGCCCGUGAAAGAGCUGCGGGUCAAGGUGGAUGAGCGGGUCCGGCAGCUUACAGACGUGCUGGUGUUCGAGCUGUCUCCAGACCGCUCUCUGCGGGGAGGGCCACGGGCCACCCGCCGAGCUGUGUCCCAGCUCAUUCGCUUGGGCCAGUCCACCAAGGCAUGCGAGCUCUUCCUGAAGAACCGGGCGGCCGCGGUGCAGACGGCCAUCCGGCAGCUGCGCAUCGAGGGUGCCACGUUGCUCUACAUCCACAAGCUCUGCCAUGUCUUCUUCACCAGCCUUCUGGAGACAGCAAGAGAGUUUGAGACGGACUUUGCUGGCAACAACGGCUGCUACUCGGCCUUCGUGGUCUGGGCCCGCUCUUCCAUGAAAAUGUUUGUAGAUGCCUUCAGUAAGCAAGUCUUCGAUAGUAAAGAGAGUUUGUCGACUGCGGCAGAGUGCGUCAAGGUAGCUAAGGAGCACUGCAAGCAGCUUAGUGAGAUUGGACUGGACCUCACCUUCAUCAUUCAUGCUCUUCUGGUAAAGGAUAUCAAAGGUGCAUUACAGAGCUACAAGGAUAUCAUCAUCGAGGCCACCAAGCACCGCAACUCUGAGGAGAUGUGGAGAAGGAUGAACCUAAUGACUCCAGAGGCACUGGGGAAACUCAGGGAGGAGAUGAGGAGCUGCGGGGUGGGCAAUUUUGACCAGUACACGGGUGAUGACUGCUGGGUCAACCUGAGCUAUACUGUAGUAGCUUUCACUAAGCAGACUAUGGCCUUCUUGGAGGAAGCGUUAAAGCUUUACUUCCCAGAGCUGCAUAUGGUCCUUUUGGAGAGUCUCGUAGAAAUCAUCCUGGUGGCUGUCCAGCAUGUUGAUUACAGUUUACGGUGUGAACAGGAUCCUGAGAAAAAAGCAUUCAUUAGGCAAAAUGCAUCCUUCCUGUAUGAAACUGUCCUUCCUGUUGUGGAAAAAAGAUUUGAGGAAGGGGUUGGAAAGCCGGCCAAGCAGCUACAGGAUCUGAGAAACGCUUCAAGGUUGAUGCGUGUAAAUCCGGAAAGUACCACCUCUGUGGUGUGAAGUGACCUAACUGUUCUUAUGAACAGCCUGAAAGCACUUGCUGAAAAUGUUGUACAUUGGAUACAUGAACUAAAUGGGUUUUCUUAGUCCCUACAAAAUGCAGAAGUCCAACUACUGCAUUCCAGAAGCUGAAGACUUACAAUCAAAGCCUGAGAGGAUGCAACACUUUACUUGGUGGAUGGGAGUUAGGGGAGUGAGAAGUAAGGCUGAGGUCCCAUGUCCUUGGACAGCAUAUCCUGUAAGAAUGGUUUGUGUAGUGUUUGUGACUUGAGGAACACUGCAAUAUACAAUUUUUGGCCAAAUGUUUUUGAAAGUCUUAAAUAUAUAUACACCACAUGGUGGGAAAAGAUCACUUAUCACAUCACUGUAGGAAUUCUUUUUUAAGAGAGGGUUCUGGUAGGAGGGGAAGUGCUGAAACGUUCCCAGGGUGUGAGACGCAUCCCCCAUCCAGAUGUGACUCAGCACUGCAGAUAAACAACAUGAAUUUGCACAGUCUGAUUUGUUUGGUGGCAAUGCAAACUCUUCAGUUUUUUCCAACAUUCAGAUUCUUUUCAUUCAUUUCAGAGGCAGAUCUAAAUUAAAAAUGGGGGGGGGGGGUGUUAAGGUUUUUGUGUGUGGAUGAAGGGGCUGCUUCUAUUUAAUAAGCUUGCCUGUCAGCUUAAACUGCAGGUCUCUGGAAACAAACCUGCUGUCAGAAACAUUUGCUCCCCUCAGAGAAAAAGUGAGAAUAACUUUUUUCCUUCCCCUUUGUGUUCCCCUUCCUUGUUUUUUUCAUGGACUUAAUUGGGGUCAAGUCAGUUUGAUUAAGUGUGCACUCUUGCUUGAGGUGCUGUCAUAAAUGCAUGACAGGCCAUUGCCUACUGAUAGAAACCACCGUGAAGAAGUGUAAAUGCUCUUGAGAUGUGGAGGGCAGGGAGAAGGUCUGAAGGUACUGUUUCAUUUGGGAGAAGCAGCAUGCUAAUUCUGCUGUAUGGAGGCAGCACAGGAUGAAGAGAGUGAGUGUGAGGCUUUUUGUAAAGGAUGUGAUCUGCAAAAUACACACUCUGUUCUUCCUGCAAAUAUUAGUAUUGUUUUUCUGUAAUACAGCAAUAACCUAGAAGCACUGUCUUUUUCUGUAGAAAGCCCAAGGACUGUGGUUGCGAGCACUAAUGUAGAUGGGGGAAGUUUAUGCAAAUACUUGUAUGUUUGGAUUGAAUGGUGAUGGCUGUCUCAUUCAGUGUAUGUCUCUGAAAAUAAAAUAAGCCAAGUCUUGUAUAAAGGCUGGCUUUAGAAAGCU